UUAGGUGCUUUAUUCUUGAAGUUAACUCUACAUCGGUGGCCUGUCAAGCCGGGUGGUAACGCUAUCUCGCUUACAAGCUGCGACACCGUAACACUUAAAACGAGGUUAUUCGUUUAAAUAAGAUACCACGAUGGAUGUUUUUGCAGGUCUGGUGACGAUCCUUGCAUAGGCUGACACGGUGAUGCCGCCUCCCUUGCUGCCUGGGUCGGGGUGAGUUUGCGGCGGUCUGACAGGAAUGAAGAGAGAUGCCAUCAAGUCUUUGUAGCUAUUUUGAAAACCAAUAUUGCAUUGCCUUGCUAUCAAGAUUUCUCAUACAGUUUUUCAAAUGAAAAUGGAGGAUAUGCCCCUGUCAGGCCCGGACAACACCAAGCUAGAGGCCUUGGUCCAUGAGAUCUACUCUGACCUGGUGGAGGAUGCCUGUUUGGGCCUGUGUUUUGAGGUACAUCGUGCUGUGAAACAGGGCUACUUCUUCUUGGACGAAACGGACCAAGAGAGCAUGAAGGAGUUUGAAAUUGUGGAUCAGCCAGGAGUGGACAUAUUUGGGCAAGUGUACAAUCAAUGGAAGAACAAGGAGUGUGAGUGUCCGAACUGCAAAAGAUUCAUCGCAGCUUCUCGCUUCGCCCCACACUUGGAGAAAUGCCUGGGCAUGGGACGCAACAGCAGCCGCAUUGCCAACCGCAGGUUAGCCAGCAACAACAACAUGAGCAAAUCAGAGAGUGACCAGGAAGACAAUGAUGACCUCAAUGACAAUGACUGGUCGUAUGGAGCAGAGAAAAAAGCCAAGAAGAGGAAGUCAGACAAGAAUACAAAUUCACCCAGAAGAUCCAAAUCUCUAAAACAUAAAAAUGGUGAUCUCGGUAGCAGCGUCAAUACAGAGUCCUACAAGUAUAACUACAACACCGGCAUCAAUUAUGAAACGUUAGGCCCUGAUGAACUGAGAUCCCUUUUAACAACACAAUGUGGGGUGAUCUCCGAACACACCAAGAAGAUGUGCACCAGGUCCCAGCGCUGCCCCCAGCACACGGACGAACAGAGGAGGGCCGUCAGGGUGUUCCUCCUGGGGCCGUCCGCGCCAUCACUGCCCGAUGGAGACGCCGUGGUGGAGAGCGACAGCUAUGACAUUCCAGAUGGACAGGCCCUGAUGAGCCGCCUGCAGUGGGAAGACUCCCCGGACAUCUCACCCACUGACUCUGCCUCAUCUAAAGCCAGCACCAACCAUUCAGAUUCGAGGAGGCCUAAGAAAAAGAAGAGGGCUUCUCUUGGUUUAAACAGCAGUGGAGGAGGCGGAGGGAGUGGGUGUCCGAUUGGAGGCGGCAGCAGCAGUAGUUCUCAGAGUAAUAUCAGCUUAUCAACCAAAAAAAAGAGGCCCAAGCUCCCAGCACCUUCUAUUCCCAAUAUCUACGAUGACUUAAACUAGCGUAACCCCUCUCGUUGAUCACCCAACCCCCUGCCUCCCUUGCAUUGUGCCCCUCCUUACCAUACGUAGGAGGAUAGCAGGCAUGCAAAUGACUAGAUGAAACCUGACUCAGUAGUCACAUUCAACCUCGAAAAGUAUGCUAUCUCCAUCUCAGAGACGAUUUCUCCUUGUAAGUGGUAUGAACUCAAUGUUCUAAAAAUUGAGUCCAGUCAGGGUAUCCACAGGUCCUUAACAAGUAAAAUUUAAGACUUAGGAAAACAUUAAAGGGUUUUAAAUACAGUAAUUGUUUAAAAAAUCUAUUUUGAGCCAUCAGUAAAAACAUAUAGUGAUUUUCACAUUUCACUUACAUCCAGAGUAUUUAGCUGAGGCUGAGUUGAGAAGCUUCUGUUUUACUUUCUAAUAUUAUUUUAUUUGCACUUCCUGUUGGUCAAAUGUUUUGACCACAUUCAUGUCCUAUCUAAUUACCAUAGGACAGGAUUAAUACAAUAUGCCAAAUAUGUUGGACAUCAGACCCCAAAGCAUUUAUUUCCCUAGUGCCCUUUUUUUAUUAUAGCACUUGUUUUUAGUUUGAGAACUUUUAUUAGCUGUGUUCUGUUAGGAACGCUUUUUUGUUUGUUUUUGUUUGCUUUUUUAAAUUAAAUUGUUAAAUUAAUAGCCAGGUAGCACUGAAAGGUGUGUAAAGUCUUAAAUUUGUCUUUGUGAAGCCUGCAGACACCCUGACAGAGUUGUGGGGCCUGUGAGCCGGCCCGUCUUUAGACUGUGUUUACCUUUACUUAGAGAGGAGACAGGUGGAGCGCGACUGCUUUCAACAGCAACACUUGACACAUAUAUACUGGAGUACUCAUCAGUGGCUUUUUAAUGAUGGCAUAUUGCACAGUUGUGUAUGUGUGUGAGUGUGUGUAUGUGUGCCUGUGUAUGCCUCCCUGUGUUUGGUGUGAAUGUCAAGGACAGUUGAUUGUUAUUCAUGUGUGUGUGUGUGUGUGUGUAUGUGUGUGUGUAUGUGUGGUCGGGUUGAUUAGUCACUUAGUGGGCGCGUGUAAUCAUUUUUAUUUUCCACAUAACUAUGCAUCCUUGAAUGUGACAUUUUGGUGGAAGUAUGUGUGCCCUUUUAAAUAUUUAACUUUUUUUUGUUUACAUUGACACAUAUAACUUUUUAACUGUGUCACUGCCUGUCAAGUGAUAUGUAUAUUAUUUAUCUGUACACACGUGUACAUGCAGAUUUUGGUAAUGGUAUUUACACAGAUUAUACUACAUGUAUAAGUGCAUGUAGUGCAAUGUGUGAGCUGUAUAAUGAAUCAUGAACAAUUGAAUGAAUCUUUGAAUAUCCCCUCAUGCAUUAGCACCUGUACCCCCACAAUACAAAACCCUCAUCUAUGUUGAUUUUUCUGUAGAGGACACAAUCCAUACACAUCAGUGUGCCGUAAUUCUGCUUUCCAACCAUUAAUCCUGAGUGAUGAGUCUGCAUGAUGUAAAGUUGUAAGGCUCACAGACAUAUGAAAUAGUACUUUAUAAAUAGUACAUGCAUUAGAGGUCAUUAGUUUGCAAAGGAGAUACUACAUUCUGUAUUUCACCACUCUUAUACUUGUAGGUUUCACAAUGUCUUUGUUUUUGUCACACCCAUCAUGAAUUGGUUUUACAGGCCGUAAGACUUAACUGAAAGCGCCAGUUAAUGUUAUAGUCACAAGCGCAUAGUAUAGUACAGUAAGUUGCAUUUGCCUCAUUUGCAGUUAGUGCAGAACAUAAAAGGAAAAACCUACCCAAAUACAUUCAAAUUUUAUGUUUCAAAUCUGAAGUCUAGAAAAUCUGCUGAUUUGUAUUUUUUCAAGUUUGGAUGUCCGGUUGCAUUACAUCUGUGUUCCUGUCAAGGUCUUCAAAUUUCCAACACUGUCAUUGCCCCCUUCAAUCCGUUUAAUUAUAAAGUCUUGUGAUGUGCACUAUUAAAAAAAAAAAAAGAAAAAUCUUAAUGAACCAUUGUCCUUAAAUACUGAAAAUAAUUUGUUCCAGUAAUGAGUCUCUUGCCACCUUUUGUGGAUGGAGCGAAGAAUGGCCGAUGUUUUAUUGUGGCUGUUUGUGUAUCUGUGUACAGUGUCUUGACAAUGAGUGCAAUGACAAAGGAUGCAAUUUUGUGACUUCCCAAUAUUUUUUCAUCCACAAGCACGUGUCAGUGCAUGUGUGAAUGGCUAUUGUAUAUGAACAUAAUGUGAUACAUAGGUUAUUUUUCUUCACUGCCAUGCAUACCGAUGUUUGUAUAGAAAUAAAUAAAUGCAAGCACCAUU